AUGCUGUCCCGUGCCUCCCUGGCGCGCUUGCACGCUGCUGGCUUCCCGGAGAUCCUGGACCGCAACCAGGAGCCAGUGGGAAUCUCGGAGCCGGCGGACCCAGCAAGUUUCAGCCUGCAGCUGGAGGAAACUGACCCUCUGCAAGGGAAUGAGAUAAUCCUGCAGUUCCUGGCUUUUAGCAGGGAUGCUCAGGGCAGUGUGGAGUGGACGUGGCCAAGGACCAUCUUCCUCACAUUCCAAUUCUACCGCUUCCCACCAGUCACCACACCACGGCUGCAGCUGGUCAACACAGAAGGGGGGCCAGCUGCUGGGCUGGCUGUGCCAGCACAGAUCCUUGUCCAGGUGAACAAGGAUGGGACCCCCAGCACUGGACUGCCGGGCUUGCAGCUGAAGUACAUGGUGGAUCCUGCUUUCCUGCGUGCCGGGGAACAGCGCUGGUUCCUGCGGUACCUGGCCGAGCACAGCCUCCAGAUUGACAUUUGGGAUGGAGACUCCCUGCUCCUCGUUGGGUCUUCUGCUGUUAAACUGGAGCCCCUCCUGCGCCAGGGGCAAGCAGCAGUCAGGACACACCAUGAGCUGGAGGUGGCCACGACUGAGUACGAGCCAGAUGCAACGGUGAUGGGCCAGGAGGCUCUACGGCAUGGUGCCCUGCGGCCCCUUGGCGUGCACGUGGUGGUGAGGGGCCGUCUCCACCUCUGCCUGGCCAGUGUUGGUCACCCGUGCGAGGACACCCCAGGCCAGCUGCCAUCCCCGCUGCUGUCCCGCUCCCGCAUCAUGCCCAUGCCAGAUGGUGCUGGCAACAUCCCAGCCGGCAAGUGCCGCCAGCG